AUGGUGACCCCGGCCGUCACCGCCGCGGGAGAGGAGAUGGAGCCUCAGCUGGCGAAGCGCACUUGGGCGUGGCCUACCACGGCCGCACCACCGCCAUCGCUCGAGGGGCCGGGGCACGAGCAGCAUGGGGUCCAAGAGCGCCGCUUCCACUUCCGCGCCGCUCGCCUCCGCCGGCCGCCGCGCCCGCCCCACGGCUCGCCCGCUGUCCAUGGAGGCGCCGGGCGGGACGCGAGACGCCAGAUCCGCGUCCGCCGCGCUCGCCAGAUCCGCCCGCCGGCCGCCGCCACGGCUAUAGGAGACGACCGCGCGCAUCAGGCCGCGCUCGUGCCGGGGCGGACGCCGCCAGAGGUACCGUCGCAGGAGGGCACGCUGUCGUUCAAGCGGGCCACCGCCAGCGACGAGUAG